AUGGCGAGCACUUCGAAUACCGCCCGCCCAGUGGGCCAGCACGAAAAAAUUUUAUCUCAGUACGAUGACGACGUAUUGGACGAAUCGGAGCAAGAGAGUAUCAUUGCAAGUAUCCGCCGUGCGAACGACAAGUCGAACUACAUGUACCGCGUCGCCUUGGUCGUGAUUUACAUUCUAGUGUUUGUUUUGUACCUCACUCCGAUCCCCGCGUACGCAUUGGGGCAGCACCCCAAGAGUCACAUGUCUCUAUUUUUGCAUCCUACCACUACCAUCGGUACCCAUGAUGAUCUCACAUACCUGCCCGUCUUCCCCAUUUACAUUACCACCAUGCUCGCCCUAUCUUACUUGAUGGGCCUUGCCGUGUACGAACUGUUUGAUGUGCUCCGGUGGAUCAAGCCGCAAGAGUUUGCUUAUCCCGCACAGCCACACCCGUUUGGCACCGCGCCGAACUGGAUUGUGCCUGUUUUGCGCGAUGUGCGCAUUGGCCCCUCGAACAAGGUGGGUGACCGUGCCGACAAGCCCGUGGAAAAUGCUGAUAUUGUGACGGUGCUGCCGCCGCGUAUUGUAUACAUUGGCUUCCUUUGGAUCUGUUUCUGGCCUAUCCCGCUCAUGACCUUUGGUCUCGGUGCGUUUGAGGACGCGCUGUGGUGGGCGUUCCCCUUUUUUGCCUCUACCAUCCACCUGGUCAUCGAGUGGUGGAUCUACAAAGCGGACCGUGAGACGCUGGGCUUGAAUCACAUGAAGUAUAACUACAAAGGCGCGUAA